UUGUAGACAUGGCAGCCCUGAGACAGGAGCAUCGGUAUGGGCUCUCCUGCGGAAAAAUCACCAAAAACACCCCAAAUAAAACUUUGUAUCAUGUGAAGCUAACUGACACUGCCAUCCGGGCGCUUGAAGCCUACCAAAAUCUCAAGGGAUCCUUACCAAAUCACCCAGCAAUUUGCUUCAAGGGGAGCCAAGGGUACAUCAAGAUCCCAGCCCCGUCCCCGGAGUCUCCUGAUGCCCUGCGAAUCUUUUCCUUCUACCUGUCCAGCGACAGCAAAGAUAAACCUCAGGCCAGCUUUGACUGCAUUCACCAGUAUAUCUCAGGGGAGGGCAGGGAGCACCUGGAGGGGCAGGGCAGUAUUCAGGACAAGAUCACGGUGUGUGCCACAGAUGAUUCCUACCAGAUGACACGGGAGAGGAUGUCCCAGGUGGAGAAGGACAUCUGGAGCCGCUCUGCCAUCGAGAUCAAGCCCGGCUCCACACGUCCCAGUAAAUGUGUGAAGAUCCAGAAGAAGCCAGGCCUGUCGAUAGGCACAGACAGCAGCAACAAGCACUCCCCUAGCAACAAGAAGAGCAAUGCCCCUAGUCUUUUGGCCCAUAGGUCACUGAGGGAACGCAUAAUUCACCUGCUAGCCUUAAAACCCUACAGGAAGCCUGAGCUACUGCUAUGGUUGGAGAGAGAGAAGUCUGGUCCCAAGGACAAGGCCGACCUGAGCUCUGUACUAGAUGAGAUUGCAAAACUGAACCCUAAAGACCACAGCUUCACUUUGAAGGAUGAGUUGUACAAGCACGUUCAGAAGGAUUGGCCAGGGUACCUCGAGGAAGAGAAACUGCUGAUCCAUAGGCUUCUGGCCAGGAAGCUCCAGCCACUUGGAAGUAACCAGUCAAAGAGUUUCCAGUCCAGUAAUUCAUUCCUUAAAACAGCAGGGAAUUCUCCUUCACAACUCAGCCCUGUCAAGAAUCUCCCUGUGAAACGUCCAGUGCACUCUGACCCACCGGAUUGUCAGACUCCUAAGAAACAGAGACUUCUAGACCAGAGUUUACCCUUGCAGUCCCCCUCCCAUGGACAUCUUGGCCCCAAUGGGGCUCGUAGCACCCCUGCUCAAGGAAACACUAGUGUACAGACUAAAACUGAGUUUGAGAGGACAAACAACCACAUCCAAGGGAGCCCGAACAGUCUCUACGCACGGCACAAACUCAGCGGCUCCUCCAGUACUCCUAAAGCGGAGCGGACAGAGCAGGCCCAGGCAGCACCCAGCCCCAAGCCCUCAAAGACUCCCAUUUGCACUGACCAGCAGCUCACCAACAGCCAACACAAAAAGAAGAAGUCCAAAAAGCACAAAGACAAAGAAAGGGAGCGCUUAAAAGCAGACUGGGAUGAAAGCAGCCCUGACCUGAAGCACAAUCAGGAAAAUCUUAUUGACCAUGAGAGGACCAAAACACCUGUCGCUCGUACCUCACCUGAGGAACUGCCUGAUUAUUUAAUGAAAUACAACACCAUUAAAGCAUCAGACCAGCGUCAACAGUAUAAGGAGGAUUUCUGUGCAGAGUACGAUGAGUACAGAGUCCUGCAUGACCGCAUUGGUACUAUCACUGAGAUGUUUGUUCAGCUGGGCUCCAAGAUCAACACUCUUUCUCCUGGAACACAAGAAUAUAAGCUUAUGGAGGACCAAAUCCUGCAGAAAUACAGAAAGUAUAAAAAGAAGUUUCCUGGGUACCGGGAUGAGAAGAAGCGAUGUGAAUAUCUGCAUCAGAAACUGUCACACAUAAAAGGUCUCAUCCUGGACUACGACCGUACACAGACACACUCAUAGCUACUGGCCUCCACCCUCCCGGGGUGCUACUAAUGGACCAAAGGUCUCUUCUCCACUCCACACCCUUGUGGACCGAAAGGAGGACCUGGAAUCACACAUUCACUUUACUCCUCCCAGUGGAAAAGGAGCGCAAGGUUCUUUUGUUGGAAGUGGAGCCCAUACCACAAAUUUAUGAUGUAAUGAAGCCCUUUAAUGCCAUAUUGUUUGAGAAUGAGUGCUGUUGUAAUGGCUGGAAUUUUGUGCUGUGUAAAUGGUUAGCUUGGCAAUUAAAGCUACAUACAUGUCUACCUAGAACACAAAAUAAUAGACAUAGCCUCUGGCUCUAAAGCUUUUAACGCUUUGUCUACUGCUAUAACACAUAAAGGCCCAUUGGUUUGAGGCUACAAUCACGUGGAUAGAUGAACCCAAACUUCUAAUACCCAGUUAUUUAAAAACAUAAAUGUUCUAUUUAAGUACUCUGUACAAUUUGUUGUUUGCUGUAUAAUUGAUUGUAUAAAUGUAAGAUAAGGAUAGAAAAUAUUGAGUCCUAUGGAGAGGGUUUUAAUCACUGGUUGCAGAAACUUGGAAAUAAGAUCCUGUGAAAAUAUCUCAGAACAUCUAAAGAGGAAAAUAUCAAGUAUCUGAAAUGUUAGCUUUUUAAGAUUAACUUGAUCAAUAUCCUUUAUCUUAUGCCAUAUUGCACCUCUUCUCUUGCUCUUGAAACAGCUCUGUUGGAAAUUGCUAUGGUAACAUUGUAUUCCAAGCUUUUUGGAUGGAAUGCAAUUCUGUACAUUCAACUCAUGGUUUCAUUCAAGAUUUGCUAGAACUGGAUGGAUUGUCAUGUGAAAUCAGUGAAUGUUACUUUCCAACAUUUAGCAGGUAGAGAUGCCUUCAUUCUAACUUGAUCGUAUCAACUUUAACUAUAUGUAUGUAUCUGUCAGUGACGCAAUUACUAGUGAUUUCAUAUAGCUCAUGCAGUGUCUUAAAGACAUUAUUUUCCAAUAUAGUAACUUCUAGCAACAUUUGAAUAUGUGGGGCUGCCAGUGAACACUAUCUUACUACUUAAGUGCUGUCUUAAUGAUGGGUGGAAAUGGGAAGAAACAUUUUGCCUUACAGUAACAUACCCACCGCACAUUUCUAUUUUUGUGAUACUGUACAUGCUCCCUGAAACAUCUCAUCUCAGUUUUGUUUAUCUGCACAGUUGAAAUGAUCUGAUUAUUUGUAUUCUUUGUUUUUAGUCUAAUUUAAGUUAAUGGAUGUUUGCAAGGAUGCAUUUGUUUGUCUCAUUUGUAAGUGUUAGUGUAUUUUAUCAAGAAAGUCUUAAUCCUUUGUCUAUGUCGUAGGGUUUUGUAAACAAGAAAAGUGAUCAGUGCUAAUCAUUUUGAUAAUCAUGACCAGAAAAUGAUUUUCACUGUGAUGUCAGAGUUUUGAUUGUCUGAUUCUAUCAAACCACCACUAUCAAUGACGAGAAGCUUUUAGAGAUACCACACAGUAUAGUGUCAGAAUGGUUUUGUAAUGUCAAUUAAUCAGCAAAAGGUGAAAGUAUAUGCAGUCAUAGUUUUGUAACAUCAUAGUUCAUGACUUCUUUCUCCUUAACUAAAUGAGAUGUAUGUUACUGUCUUUUUUUGGGAAACACAUUAGGCUAUAUUAUUUGAUACCAAGACAGAUCACUGUCGCUGUGUGCAGUAUUGGACGUUUGGCCAUAAUGGCUACUCAUUUGAAUAAGUGCUAAUUGUGGUGUAUGCAGAAGUUAGCUAGGUGCCUUCUAGGGAAUUCUUGAGUGACAUGGAAUUAAUGUUGCAUUACUGUUAUUACUCAAUUUGAUUGAAUAAUAUGUAAACAAAAGGUUUGCUCUCAAAUGUUUUUAAAUAGUUUCAAGACAGCUAUUUAUGGUAUUCAGACAAAUAAGAUACUUUUUCUAUUCAAACAAUAUACUGGCCUUUCAAAUGCAAAAUAUAUUGUCAUGUAUAAAACAAUAGAGGUCAAAUUAACCCUUUUCAAGUAAACUGUUAGGUGGUGUGUUUACUUUAUUUGUUGAUAUUCGAAAAUACAUGUAAAAAAAAUGAAAUGUGAAAUCGAACCCCUCGUCAAUAUAACUUACAGCAGUCUGUCUACGUAUGAGAACAAAUUUGUUACUAUUUAUUGCUAUUCAUGUGUUGGUUUCUCUUUUGCACAAGUUCCUCAGUCUAUUGAAUGGAGACAGAAGAUAUGGUGAAAGGGAAAUUGAAUAUAUUUUUGCAAUUUUCUGUUAGUCUCUGUAAAAAUUUUAAAUAAAGCUCUUUUC